CGCGCUCGAGCGGCGGCCGCCUCCAUGAAGCGGGACCGGCUGGGCCGCUUCCUGUCGCCGGGGGCGGGCCGGCCGCGCGGGGGCCCGGGCGGCGGCCGCGCCCGCGGGCGCCCCUCCCGCAGCGGCGGGCCGAGCGCGGACCGGGCGGCCGCGGCGGCGGCGGCGCGGGCCUGCGGGGACUCGGGCGAGGACGGCGCGGACGAGGCAGGAGCAAGCCGGGCUGUUACCAUGGGGCACUGUCGCCUCUGCCAUGGGAAGUUUUCCUCGCGGAGCCUGCGAAGCCUGUCUGGUCGGGCACGGGGGGAGAGUGCAGAGAGACCAUCCUCUGGGGAGCGCCUCUUCAUCAGGGACUUCCAGAGCCUGCUGGGUGUGGCUGUGCACCGCGACCCAGCCCUGCCCCAGUUUGUCUGCAAGAACUGCUACUCUCAGUUCUACCAGUGCCACAGCCUCCUCAGGUCCUUCCUACAGAGAGUCAACGCCUUCCCGACUGGCCCGCGGAACCCUUGUUCCAAGACUGGUGCUCAGCCCCCCACAGUGGCGGAGGAGGGUGCUUGUCUGGUUGACCUGAUCACUUCGAGCCCCAGCUGCCUACACGGCUUGGUGGGGUGGGUGCACGGACACGCGACUACCUGCAGGGCCCUACCCAGCCUCCGGGGGACGCUGAGCUCGGAGUACUAUGGCAUCAUCCAGGCAGUGUGGGGCUGUGGCCAGGGCCAUGACUACACCAUGGACAUGGAUGCAAGCCGCAGAGCCCCCUUGCUGGACAGAGCGCUGGCAGUCAAGUGGGUGAGGGACAAGGAGACCACACCACGGCGAGCCCAGGACUUGGGGUCUAACCCCACUGGGGCUGCCUCUCAGCUCUACCAAGGCAGAGGAACCACAGCUGGGGCUGAGACCAAAAUGCUGCCCACCCUGGAUAAGGCCCCACCACCUUCAGAGGACAACUCUUUGGGACCUGGGCCAGGGCCCCAGUCUCAGCCAAGCCUGGUCCCCAGUGAGGCUCCAGGGCAACUGGGUGAGAAGCAGGUUCCCUCUCCAACCUCGGAUGAUCGGGUAAAAGACGAGUUCAGUGACCUUUCUGAGGGAGACUUCCUGAGUGAAGAUGAAAACGACAAGAAGCAAAAUACACAGUCCUCGGAUGAGUCCUUUGAGCCUUACCCAGAAAAGAAAGUCUCUGGUAAGAAGCAAGAAAGCAAAGAAGCCAAGAAGGCUGAAGAGCCAAAAAUUCGAAGGAAGCCUGGGCCUAAGCCUGGAUGGAAGCAGCAGCUGCGCUGUGAGAGGGAGGAACUGCCCACUAUCUACAAGUGUCCUUACCAGGGCUGCACGGCUGUCUACCGUGGAGCUGAUGGCAUGAAGAAGCACAUUAAGGAGCACCAUGAGGAGGUUCGGGAGCGGCCCUGCCCCCAUCCUGGCUGCAACAAGGUGUUCAUGAUUGAUCGCUACCUGCAACGCCACGUGAAGCUCAUCCAUACAGAGGUGCGCAACUAUAUCUGUGACGAGUGUGGACAGACCUUCAAGCAGAGGAAGCACCUCCUUGUCCACCAGAUGCGCCACUCAGGAGCCAAACCACUGCAGUGUGAGGUCUGUGGUUUCCAGUGCAGGCAGCGGGCAUCCCUCAAGUACCACAUGACCAAACACAAGGCGGAGGCUGAGCUCGAUUUUGCCUGUGACCAGUGCGGCCGGCGGUUUGAGAAAGCCCACAACCUCAACGUACACAUGUCCAUGGUGCACCCUCUGACACAGACCCAGGACAAGGCCCUGCCUCUGGAAGCAGAGCCCCUACCUGGGCCCCCAAGCUGCUCUGGGACCACGAAGAACCAGGACGUGAAGCCAGAGCCAACCUGAGGAUUGCAGACAGACGAUGUUGAGCAGCUUGACCUCAGUGGACAUUGAUGUGAGGUUCAAAGACACCUUAAUUUUCCUUGUACCUCUGGCACCGUUCCAGCACUGUGGAGCCCUACGCUGCACCCACCACACCUGUGCAGCUGUGUACAAGGGCCAGGGGGCACUUCUUCCUCGCAGUGCAAGCAGCUCAGUGUAUUCCAUAUGGCCUUUUAUCUUCUGCUUUGGGACCAGCAAACACUGAGCUCCCCAGGGCCAGACACAGAUCAUGAAUAAUUGUUAACUUUUCCUAACUAGAGCAACUAAGGAGAUUUGUAAUCCACUUUCUAGUGAAAUCAGAGCUCCAUGUUAUGCUUGCAAUAAAUUAUUUACAAAGGA